CCAGCCAGCGGUGACGGGUGGGCUGCCGAGGUCGAAUGCGCGCUCGGGUGUUGUGAGGCAGGCAGGAAUGCACGACGUCGACAGCCCACCCCCAGCCAGCCAUGGGCCUGUGAAGCUGACGUCGAGACACGGCGACUUCCACCAAGUACCAUCUUCCCACACCCCCCACGGCCGCGCAGCACCGGAGCCAUGGCCGCCCUCUACGACGACCUCAGCGGGUCGCGGUACCUCAGCUCGUCCAUCAGCAGCCUGUCGGCGAGCCGGCAGCAGUCGUCGCAAAUUGCCAAGGCGUACCGCCAGGCCGCCCAGCUGUUCCUCACGCGGCGCCUGCCCGAGGCGCUGUCGACCAUUGAGCCCAUCAUCAGCGCGCCGCCGACGGACGGAGACGCGCUGCAGGACCCGGACGGCGCAUCCAGCCUGCCCGGCUACGCGCCUGUCGCGACGGCCUCGCGCGGCACGCGGGUCAAGGUGUGGAGCUUCUACCUGACGUUCCUCAACAGCGUCGUCGAGCUGGGCGCUGAGGAGGGCAAGCAUGCCUUUGGCAGCGCCCGCUGGAAGGCCCUGGUGUCCAAGUGCCGCGACGGCAGCGUGUGGGACCAAGUGGUGCGCGACGGGUACGCCGGCAUCGAGGGCGACGUCGACGCCGACGUGGUCGUGAACCUGAGCACGCUCCUCCUCACCCACUCGCCCUCGCAGCGCCUCAACCAGGCGCGCCUCGAAGCCUACCUCGCCGCGACCGCCCACCCCACCUUCGACAUUGCCUCGCACCUCGCCUCGCCCGGCCACCUGGCCCGCCGCAGGUCGCACACGGGCACCGACACCCCGCGCGACCUCAACACGCGCAUCAAGCUGCUCGAGCUGUACACGCUGCACGUGCUGCCGCGCAACGACGAGUGGCACUAUGCCCGCGAGUUCAUCGGCAUGAGCGAGGUGCUCGACGACGAGCGCAAGGAGGCCUUCCUGCUGGCGCUGCACAGCCUGAAGGAGGAAAAGGACGACGCCGAGCUGCGCGAGGAGAAGCUGCGCCAACAGCAGCUGGAGCAGCUGGAGGCCCGUCGCCGCGAGACGGACAAGCAGCGCGCCGAGCAGGCACGCAUCGACGAUGAGCGUCGCCAGCACGACGACGCGCGCGUCCGCAGCGAUGCCGAGCGGCCCGCGCCCGACCACAGAGCCGACCGGCUACGCCAGCCCAAAGCCGCCUCCCCCCGCCGCACCCCCGCGCCCCGCCGCACGCCGGCGAAGAAGCCCUCCCCGCCGCCGCCCGGCCUGUAUGCCCGUGUCGGCGGCCUGUUCGCUGCCGUGCAGAAAUCCAUUGCCGACUCGGCGCGCCAGAUGACGGCCAACCCGCUGGCCUUGCUGCGCACCCUGCUGUUCCUCGUUGCGUUUGGGGUCGCGUUUGGGAAGAGGGAUUUGCGAGAACGCAUCAUGCGGCUCGUCAGGCAGGCCGUGGAUAAAGUGCGCCGGACGGUCGGCAUGGGCGUCAAGGUGUCGUAUAUCUAGUCGUGUACAUGAGCCUGCUUGGGACUUGGGGCUUGAACUUGGGACUUGAGACUCGAACUUGGGACUUGAGGCUCGAACUUGGGACUUGAGGCUCGAACUUGGGACUUGAGGCUCGAACUUGGGACUUAGGCUCAAACUUGGAACCAGGGUGGUGCGUAGCCAUACGCUACGUUGGUGCAUAGCCAUACGCUACGUUGGUGCAUUCUUAUACAACUGUUAUAUCAUGGCCCGCAGCGUUGGUGCAUUCUUAUAUAAUUAUCAUAUCAUGGCAUACUGGUGCCCGCAGCAUCUCUGCGGUGAAGCAUCUUCUCCUUUGUACCAGCGAAUACGACCUUGUCCAUUCCACGCAACGCUCCCGCUCCUCCUCUUGAGGAACCAUGCAAAACAGAGCGAGCAAAUAUCAAGCCGGAGUGCGCUGAGGAGAGUAACAAGGCUGAGCAAGUGAGCUCAAGGUGACGAGAUCAGGAAUCGUAUUCAUCCAAAAGCGCCA